CUGGGAGAGUAGCAUUGGGGAGUGAUGUGCGUUUUGUUGUAGUCGUUGCAGUCUCCAGAGCUCCGAAUAAACUUUUAAGCCGCGUGCCGAUUACAGCGGGCGGCAUUCGUCAUCCAUGGAUGCUUGCCUGGGCGAUGGGUGAUGCGUAGUCACGUGCAGCGCAUGAAUCUGGGGAAGCCACGACUGGCUAGUACCGCCGCAUCGCGUCAGCCUCAAAGAAUCACUGAUCGCCGCGACCCAUCUCCCCUCCACCACCAUGGCCGACGCUGCUGCCCAGUACAAGAAGCAGGAUGGCAGAGUCUCUGUGUCUGCCGAUGGCAAAACGGUGUCGUGGAAGUCGUCGGCGGCCAGUAAUGCGCAUCCUCCGCUGUCCAUAGCCAUAGCAGACAUUGGGAAUCUCCAACAGACACCUGCGACCUCUGCAAAAGCCUCCAUCAAGAUCGUUGUACCGGAGCCCGCUCCACAAGCCGGGAACCAUACCCUCACCUUUACCUCCGGCGCCGCUCGCGACGAUCAGCAGAACAUAACCGGUCUAUUGCGCAAAUGGAUCGAGGCUUCCAAGCAACAGGCCGCUCCCGCCCCAGCUCCUGCUGCUGUUGCUGGAGAGGGAGGGGACGGCGGCGCAUCAGCUGCAAUGGCCAUGGCUCAGACCGUAACAGCUGGCGGCAAAGACAACGAAGAAAACUACGACGAUGCGAAGCUACUCGCUGAUACAUCACUCCAGAUGUCGCUACUCAAUUCGAGCCCAGCGCUUCGACAACGCUUCGACCGAGCGCUCGCGGAGAAGCCUGAUUCCGUUGGCGUAUUACAGUUCUCUAUGCAAUUCUGGUCUACGCGCGUGCACAUGUUGAGAUCACACGCAACGGAAAGAUCACAGUCUACUGGAACCUACAAUGUGCUUUCUGUCAUCAAGUCCAAGUCCGUCAACGGCACUCUCAUGCUGAGCUUGACGAAAGAGCAGAUUGAGCUGUUGUUCAGACAGCAUCCGGUUGUGCAAAAAGCCUACAACGAGAACGUACCCCAGCUGAGCGAGGGUGACUUUUGGGAGAGGUUUUUUCACAGUCGCUUGAUGAAAAAGCUCAAGGGAGAGCGCAUCCAAGAAAAGGACGUGCUUGAUCCCAAGCUUGACAAAUACCUGACUUAUGAUGAGACGAUGGACAACCAGGAUCUGCUCGCCGCCUCAAUUCCCAACUUCAUCAACAUCGAGGCAAAUGAGAACAACCACAGCCAGAAACAAGGCAACCGGCCCGACUUCACCAUGAACCCGACCAACUACGAGAAAGCGCCCAUUCUCCGAGUCUUGAAUCGCAUGAGCGAGAAGAUGAUGAAGGAAGUGCCACCCUCAGACUCAAGUCGGCAUGGACCUGCCGGGUUGGAUGAAGAGACGUACAAAGAGCUGCAGUUGCGGGACCUACAGCGUGCAGAUGAUGACAACAGAGUCGUUCUUCGCGUACAAGACCAGAGUAGAUUCUUCUCCGCCGGUCAGAGCGUGCAUACCUCUACUAGUGCUGCGACUUACACAAAACGUACUCCUGCACAGGCUCUUUCGACGUUGCAGCAGGAUCUUCGCAAGUUUAGCAGUGACGACGGCAAGGUCUUGAGCGUUGACCUCCACUCUACAAUCGACAUCGAUGAUGAAAGCAGUAGCGAUGAAGAGGGGUCUGCUCCAAAGAAGACCAAGGUUGGUAGCAAAUCAGCCCGAAGUGCAGCCUCUUCGCAAAUUGUAGCGGCUGUCAAGAAACGACAUUUGCACAACGAUGACUAUUCAUCGUCCAAGUCUAUCCCCACGAGCGAGCGAGCGAAGGAGCUCCAUGUCUCCGAGGCUGUUCUUGACAACCUCACCAUGACCCACAACACAACGGUUGAAUUCCUACACUACUUCUGGUCUGUAUUCUACUCAGGGGAUCCAGACCGCGCGAACGAGAUUGCGCGUCUUAUCGAGACGCUAGACAAGUCGCUCGAUCGUAUCAAGGCGGUGGCUGACAUGGCAGAGGCCGACCGCGCAGCCAGGAUUGAGCAUGCCCGGAAAGAAAAUGAGUUUGCUAACCAACGAGAGAGGAAGAAGAGGAAGUUCGAUCCCGAGGCCAUCAGAGGAGGAGCCAAGGCUGUCAACCAAAUCGUGGACCCCUUGCUUCGAGCGAUCGACGCGGCGCGGAGUCAGUAUCAGAAGGCUCUUCAAGAACAAGUCGCACGUAGUACGGCAAACGCAGCUGUUUGAUUGCAUGUACAGGUUGUACUUAUUGGAGACUGCAAAUCUUUCUAUUUCUGCAUAGCGAAGGCGUUUGGAAAACCCGGGCUGGUGUCGAUCAACUAAAUAUUUUCGUCAGAAAUCGUCACCCACCCUUCGAUUUACAUAUGCUUUCCCAAAGCACCUAUACUUCCGCGGUUAAAUAUCAUGCAAUUUGGUCGCUGGUUGUGUCAAACGUCUCGAAUCAUGGCUGUCACAAUGUGCCGGUAUUAUUAUAAACAGUUUUAGUACGCGAUCAAUUCGAAUUGCGAUGAAAGUUGUGAGAAUGUUAUUUUAGGCCUCCAGUGAAGUUGGUUCA